CUGCGUGAGGAAAAAAGAGUACAAGUCUCCCCACCAUCGACAAGAGGACCAAGUGCCUUUAUACCAGAGAAUGAGGUUAUGCAAGCAAAUGGUUUGGAUGAACGUACUAAUCUUCUCGUGGAAGAAUACUCUACGUCUGGUCGCCUGGACAACAUCACACAGGUCAUGAGCAUCCAUACUCAGUACCUGGAGUCUUUCCUCCGCAGCCAGUUCUACAUGCUGCGCAUGGACGGGCCCCUUCCUUUGCCCUAUAGGCACUACAUUGCUAUCAUGGCUGCUGCCAGACAUCAGUGUUCCUACCUAAUAAAUAUGCACGUCGAUGAGUUUCUGAAGACUGGCGGGAUUGCAGAGUGGUUGAAUGGUUUAGAAUACAUUCCCCAAAGACUGAAAAAUCUGAACGAAAUAAACAAACUGCUUGCACACCGGCCCUGGCUGAUCACGAAGGAGCACAUCCAGAAACUUGUCAAGACUGGGGAAAAUAAUUGGUCUCUUCCUGAACUGGUGCAUGCCGUUGUCCUGUUGGCACAUUAUCAUGCCUUGGCAAGUUUUGUAUUUGGUAGUGGCAUUAAUCCAGAGAGAGAUCCGGAUACAUCUAAUGGAGUCAGACUUAUAGCAGUCAACAACUUCUGUGUCUGUGAUCUUGCCAAUGACAACAACAUAGAAAAUGCAUCUCUCACAAGUAGCAACUUUGGGAUUGCAGAUUCUUUAAGUGAGCUGGAGGCCUUAAUGGAAAGGAUGAAGAGGCUACAAGAAGAUAAAGAGGACGAAGAAGCCUCUCAGGAAGAAAUGGCAACUCGCUUUGAAAACGAGAAGAAGGAGAGUCUGCUAGUAAUUACAUUUGAUGAUGAAAUAGUUUCUAUGGAUGUCUCCCGGUAUAUUGAAGAUCCUGGGUUUGGGUACAAAGACUUUGCAAGGCGAGGAGAAGACCAUCUGCCAACAUUCAGAGCUCAGGACUAUACUUGGGAAAAUCAUGGCUUUUCCCUUGUAAACAGGCUUUAUUCUGACAUUGGGCAUCUCCUUGAUGAGAAAUUUCGGAUGGUGUAUAACCUCACGUAUAACACUAUGGCAACCCAUGAAGAUGUUGAUACAACUACCCUAAGAAGAGCUUUAUUUAACUAUGUCCACUGUAUGUAUGGAAUCAGGUAUGACGACUAUGAUUAUGGGGAAGUUAAUCAGUUACUUGAACGCAGCCUGAAGGUUUACAUAAAGACAGUGACCUGCUACCCAGAGAGAACUACCAAGCGCAUGUACGAUAGUUACUGGCGCCAGUUCAAGCACUCUGAGAAGGUUCAUGUCAAUCUGCUCCUCAUGGAAGCCCGUAUGCAGGCCGAGCUUCUGUACGCCCUUCGCGCCAUAACGCGCCACUUAACCUGA